UUUGCUGUCACUUUUUUCCGCCAUUUUAGUUGAUUUCACUGCUGUUCUUGAACAUUACCUUGGUCAAAACGGAUUGAAAAUGGCGUACAAAGGACAGAAAGUGCAAAAAGUCAUGGUGCAGCCUAUUAAUUUGAUCUUUAGGUAUUUGCAGAAUAGAUCAAGAAUUCAGAUUUGGCUUUAUGAACAAGUUAACAUGAGGAUUGAAGGACACAUCAUUGGUUUUGAUGAGUACAUGAAUCUUGUGCUAGAUGAUGCCGAAGAAGUCCACCUUAAGACCAAGAAAAGAAGACCACUUGGGAGGAUUUUACUCAAAGGAGACAACAUCACUCUUCUAAUGAAUACACAGUCAAGCUGAUCAUAGCAGGCUCCAUCGCCGGACAUCAUUUGUUGUCCAAAAACUUUUGUAACUCCAUUUGGAGUCUGUGUAGAGUUUGCAUAGUUCACUUGGUGGUCUUUACUUAAGAUAUUCUCUGUUUUGAGGAGGAUUUAUUUUGAAAGGCUUGUUUCAUGUGAUGUUUGUUAAAGCGCUGUGUCACUUUUUAAAUAUUACAUAUGUUGUAUAUAAAUGUAUGACAACAGAUUGUUAUUUGUUUGAAUAUGAGCAAGCUUUUCCUUUUGCCUCAACAAGGACAUGGCAGAUUCUUUGAUCAGCUUUGACAAAGGAUCUUGUUGGCAUAUACUGUAGGUAGUGUUUUGGAACUAAUGUAGAGUCAUUAAUUGGCAAUAAUAAUACUUUCAUAUAGUGUUUCUUUAAUUUAUGUCAGAUCUACUGCAUUUUUACUAAUAGAAAAAGGCAGCAAGAAUUUGCAGACAUAUAUUUUGUAACUGUUGCAUUCCCUUCUUCUCGUCGUACUUCUGUCAGCUUUCAUAAGCUGUGUUUCAGAUUGUUUAGCUACUGUGCUGUUAAACCUGUCAUCUUUUUGCCAAUGAAAAGUACACUUGACCAUUAAGUUGAUUCCAUCCCAAACAAUAAAUUAUGUUAAUCCCACAA